AUGCGAAAAUUUAGACUUUUUGCUGCGGCUGUCCUUGGGGGCCUAGUGCAACAUGCCCGAAGCGACCUUAUUGAGUCGAGCGUCAGUGUGAAUGGAGGAGUAUUUCAGGGAAUUCCUAGAACCGCAGCUGGUGUCUUGGAGUUCCUCGGAAUUCCCUUUGCGGCACCACCAGUCGGGAGCCUGCGCUGGAAACCUCCCCAGCCCCCUCUCAACUUGAACGGAACUCGCCAAGAUGCCACAGCAUUCGGACACAGUUGUUACAGCGCUGUGCUAGCCCCCGAUCUCGCCGAUCCUGCGGACCAGAGUGAAGAUUGUCUCACAGUGAAUAUAUGGACAACGGCAACAGACACAACAGAAAAAAAGCCAGUGAUGGUUUGGAUAUACGGUGGAGGCUUCCAAUUUGGAGCUUCCAAUAGGCCAUUGUAUAAUGGAGCUAAGCUUGCACUAGAUGGUGUAAUCCUGGUGAGCUUCAACUAUCGUCUGGGAGUUCUCGGGUUCCUGGCACUAUCGGAGCUUGACGAUGAAGGUAGCGGCUCUACCAACUUUGGCCUUCAGGACCAGCUAGCCGCCCUUCGUUGGGUCCGAGAUAACAUUUCACUAUUUGGAAGAGACCCUGAAAAUGUUACAAUAUUUAAAAAAUCUGCAAGAUCACAUUCGGUCAGUUUGCUAUUGGCAUCACCUCUCUCAACUGGGUUAUUUCAUAAGGGUAUUCUGGAGAGUGGCGCGUACUGGGAAAGCGAUCACGGAUCCCUUACGACUUUCUCCGAAGCUCGCCAGAGAGGUCUAGCCCUGCAGCAAAAACUCAAUGCAUCGUCCGUUGCAGAAUUGCGAUCUCUUCCUGCAGAAGAAGUGAACAAUGCGGCCUUAUGGGACCUAAGCACUGACCCCGGGGCCACCGUCUUCGCACCUAGCAUCGAUAAUUACGUUGUUCCUACAGCACCAAGUGUCGUGUUUGACCACGGAGAUGAACAGAAGGUGCCUAUCCUGGCUGGCUUCAAUGCUCGCGAAGAGGAUUUUUUUCUUGCACAUUCCUUGCCUCACCAGACACCUGAGGACUACGUAUCGUCUGCAGGAACUUUUUUUGGCAACAGAACAAAUGAUGCACUACAACUAUAUCCUGGAUCAACAUAUGUCCAAGCCAAUGACUCCGCAAACGCUCUCGCUGGCGAUCUGGUUAUCCGUCAGCAAACUUGGGAAGCUCUUGAUAGGCAUGUGCGAGUAGGGGGCCAGAAAGGAUAUGGCUACUACUUUACAUACAGUUCUCCCUACUCUCCAUUGGCUAUGCAUACCGCAGAAAUAAACUAUGUCUUUGGUAACAUGGGGCCAAACGAAAGUUUUACCUAUACUCCUCCUCUUUCUCCAGCUGCCUCUGGAGACAUGGAGAUGUCGGAGACGAUACGAUCUUAUUGGACCAACUUCGCCAAAGCUGGGGAUCCGAAUGACCCAAAUGGAAAUCUUCCAUAUUGGCCUAGCUAUACCGGCUACGGCAAUUGUUUCCUCGAGCUAGGUAAUCUAGCUCACGCUAUCAAUACUCCUGACAUAGAUCGUUUCCGGUUUAUCCGUAGUUUGCGGACAAAUAGCAUCUUGCCUUUAAGCUGGCGUAAUCGGGUUUAUGAUAAUUAA